AAAUAGACAUAGAUAUAAGAUGAUCAGCGCGUUGUUGUUGAUUGAUGCAAAGGGAAAGAACAUCGUGUCUCGUUAUUAUCGAAGUGACGUGACAAAAGAGAGUGCCGAUGCUUUCCGAACAAACGUUAUUGCAAAGAAGGAUACUGGAAGCAAUCCUCCUAUUACGUACAUUGACGGAACGACCUUCAUCUAUGUCCGUAACAGUGACCACUACAUUGUCGCUGUAACGAAGAAGAACGCUUCUCCCGGCAUGAUUUUCCACUUCCUUUUCCAUCUCGUGAAGAUGUUCAAGAGCUACUUCGGCGUGGAUUACAAGGCUGACGACCUUCGUGAGAAGUUCUCUGUGGUGUACGAAAUCUUCGAUGAAGUGCUGGACUACGGAUACCCGCAGAACUGCGCGAUCGACCUGAUGAAGCAGCUGAUUCGUCUGGGGAAGGCGAACGACGCUGUGGAGGAGGACGCGAGCAGCAUUACCUCGCAGGUGACGGGAGCGAUCGAUUGGCGUCGCGAGGGCAUCACGUACCGCAAGAACGAGAUCUUCAUCGACACGCUGGAGAGCGUGAACCUGCUGAUCUCGCAGACGGGCGCGGUGCUGCACAGCGAAGUGGUGGGCAAGAUCGUGAUGAAGGCGUACCUGACGGGCAUGCCCGAGUGCCGCUUCGGCCUGAACGACAAGCUGCUGAUCUCGAACGAGAAGAAGGCGAAGGGACAGCGGCGCGGGAAGGGCGCGGGCGUGGAGAUCGACGACUGCUCGUUCCACCGGUGCGUGCGGCUGGGCCGGUUCGACCAGGACCGCACGAUCACGUUCAUUCCGCCCGACGGAGAGUUCGAGCUGAUGAAGUACCGCGUGACGGAGAACAUCAACCUGCCGUUCCGCAUCCUGCCGGUGUACGAGGAGAUCAGCGGGACCACGCUGAAGAUCAACGUGAAGGUGAUCGCCAACUUCAGCAAGCAGGUCUCGGCGCAGAAUGUGGAUAUCAAGCUCCCCGUCCCGCCAAACACCGCCAACGUGAUGCCCAAGGCCGCCUUCGGCACCGCCGCCUACAACGCCAAGGACCAGACCAUCGACUGGACGCUGCGAAAGCUCACCGGAGGCCAGGAGGUCACGUUCGCCGCGGAGGUGAAGAUGCUGAAGAUGACCACGGAGAAGGUCUGGUCCAAGCCCCCCAUCAAUAUCAUCUUUGCCGUGCCGUCCUUCACUGCGUCCGGACUCCAUGUCCGAUUCUUGAAGGUGUAUGAGAAGAGCUCCUACCAGACCGUCAAGUGGGUCCGAUAUAUGACGCGGUCCGGAGAUUACCAGAUUCGUCUCUAAGUUGCUUUUUUGCCUUGACGCGUUCUGUAUUGUAAUGUUGCGAUG